GAGAAACGAAAAAGAAAAAGGAAUGGCUUCUUCCGACCCAGAACCACCGCCACCCGAAGAAGCUCCUCCGACGCUCCCCCGCCACAGGAUCAUCCUGGUCAACCCGCUGACCCAGGACACGGUGGUCGUGGACCCCUCGUUGCCACCCCCGUCCAGCUGGGAACCGCUGCUCCGCGCGCUGCGGGCCGUCAAGGGCUGCGGCAGGCCGCCGGCGUCGAGGGAGUCGGUGCGAGCCAUGCGGGAUGUGAUCAGGAGGACGAGCGAGCGAGGGCGAGAGGAAGAAGAGGAGCAGGAGGAGUGCGUGAUAUGCAUGGAGGAGUUCGAGGAGGGGAGAGAGAUGCCGUGCGGGCACCGGUUCCACGGCGGCUGCAUCGAGCGGUGGCUCGGGAUCCACGGGACUUGCCCUGUCUGCCGGUACCAGAUGCCCGCGGACGAGGGAGCCGCCACGGGGGAGAGAUGGGAGGACGGCGAAGGAGGAGAGGGGAGGGACAUUUGGAUCAGCUUCUCGGUCACGAGACGAAGCAGCUCGAGCGAGAUCGUUCGUCAUCAUCGUCAUCUUCACCAUCACUACUAGACGGACAGAGCUUGAGUCGUGUUUUGUCCUCCUGCUAAGUUGUUUUCCUUUUUUUUUUUUUGGUC